AUGGAACAGGGGUCCAGUUUCGUCAUCCGGCAUCACCAGGCCCAACACGGCAACAGUUAUGAGGGCUCAGGUCUACGCGAUGUCCACCCAAUUGACGAGGACCGGUCUGAUGCGAUCCACCCGACGCUCGAGCCCGCGCACACACAAGCAGCGAAGCUCAUGCCAGCUGUCGGCUAUUGA